AUGCGCAGGAUCGCGGUGCUGCCCCUGCCACCGCGCCUCGCCACGUGCGUGCGCGGCAUCGCGACGGGCGGCCGGGUCACCAACGAGGACCGCCGCUGGUGGUUGAUCCACCUGGAGUGUGCGCCGGACGUCACCCCUGGCACCUUCGUCGCGUGGCUGGACUGCUGCGGCACGCACACCACCAAGAAGUUGAUUGAGCGCAACAUCUGGACCAUUGAGCAGGUGGCGCAGCUCGACUCCGACCAGGUUGAUGAGUUGAAGUACAAGGAGGGGUGUUUGAAGAUGGACGUCGUCUGGGAGCAUGCCCGCACCAUCCUCACCCCGCUGCAGCAGCGCGAGGCGACGGGCGGCGUGGAGUCGGAGCUGCAGAGCCGGAUUUUAGAGCUUCGCAAGAAGCGCGAGCUCGAACGCAAGCGCGGGGAGCUGUUGAAGGAGCGGGCAAGCAUCAACGAACAGCGCGAGGCGACGCUGCGGAAACUGCGCGAGGCAAUCGCGGCAAAGAAGGCGGCCCUGCUUCAAAAGAAGCAGGAGCUGACGGGCGCCGAGGCCGUCACCGGCCCGGAGAACAGUAGCGAGGGUGGAAAGGGCGGCAGCGGGCCAUGA